AUGCAGGCCUAUGCUCUUGACGUGUGGAAACACAUAUUUGGUGACAAACUGGUCUUUGUGAACUUGAGAGCAUCUCGUGUCAAUGGAAAGCCAAUGAAAUCACCGUAUACAAAAAAAUUCCCUACAGCUCACAAGACUCAGGGUAUUCCUAUUAUACCACCAGUGAAGAAGUCAACUUUUCACGAAAGCAUAAGUCUUUUGCCGAUCUUGAAGGUAUCCUUUGCAGUCCCAGUCAUUCUAAUAAAAAGCAAAGAAUUCGGUAGUUUUACUAUGCCUGCUAUCACAACAUAUAUAUUAAAUGAAAAUAAUCCAAGAGAAAUUUAUACAGAAAAGCGCCUUCAUUCAACAGGUAUAAAAAGGACGACCAUUCACGUUCAGGAACCCACACUUUCAUUUGAUCAAGUCGAGCACCUGUCUCUAAAGUAUGACUUUGCCAUCACUGACACACCCAAGCCAUGGACAGAAAAAGAUUUAGAAUUUUUCAAGACAGCCGCAGGUGAAACUUUAUUUUCUCAGCUCACACUCAUAUCAGAACCCAACGUGGCACCCAAUUUUGCCAUGAUGACGGCUGCUGAGCGACUUUUCAAAUCACUCUUUAUGUAUUUCGAUCAGCGACUUUCCCAGAAUGCCUCGUUGGACGAAUCAUGGCCAUACUACAAACGGCUCGAGGACGCGCUCUACCCAUGGAUACAUCCUCACUGGGAAAACCUGUUCCAUAUCAACAACCAGACGAACGGACAAGGCAUUGUCAUGUGUGUUGGAAAUGGACAAUUCAAGUUUGCAGCCACAAGUAUCCGGGUGAUACGAAUGUUGAACACAAAGUUACCGAUCGAGGUCUUCUUCAUACGCGAGGACGAUCUGUCGGUAGCCAAGAGAUAUUAUCUCAAGAGCGAAAUGGACAAUGUAACGCUUCGAAAGCUAGAUGAUUAUAUUUCGGACUACUAUACCAAGUUUGGAGGAUGGGCCAUGAAGCCCUUUGCGAUGCUCGCUAGUCAUUUCACCGAGGUUAUUCUUGUUGACGCUGACGCCUACUUUCUUCAAGAUCCAGCGCUCCUCUUUCAAGACCAGGCCUAUGCCCUCACGGGUGCCCUCUUCUUUUAUGAUCGUACGUUAUUUCCCAACUGGCACGUCGGCCCAGACUGGUUACGCUCAUUUCUGCCGACCAUGAGCUCGCUCGUCCCUCACACGCGAUGGUUCAAGUACACAUCCUCCCAUGAACAGGAGUCCGGCGUGGUCGUGAUGAACAAGCGAAAAGCGCUGCUUGGCUUAUUAUCCACGUGCAAGCUGAACGGUAAGAGCGAGCGAGAUGAGGUGGUCUAUAAGCACGUGCAUGGGGAUAAGGAAACGUUUUGGAUCGGUCACGAGAUCAUGCAGACACCCUACGCCUUUAUCAAGUCGUUCGGAGCAGUCAUCGGGAACAUGGGACGCGGCGGACAGGACGGAGAACCGACGCAGGUCUGUGGUGUUCAGCUACAUCUCGAUACGACAGGUACCCCUCUCUGGUUUAAUGGUGGGCUCUAUAGAAACAAGUAUAAGGAAACGCUAGAGUACCUCAACUUUACUCAUUUUGCACAAGGCGAUGAUUGGGAAUUUGCAACCCAUUGUAUCAAGAAUACAGACAAGAUUCAUGAACUAAGUCCUGAUCAAAGGUCAAUUGCGCUGGCAGCAGUUGAACUGGAUAAGCAAAGAGAAAAGGAUGAAGAGUUAUUAGAACAAGGACUAUGGAAGCCGAAAAAGACGAUAGCAUCUCAUUAAAGAGACAUAAUAGGUCAUCAAAACUCAAUCUGCUGCAAAAUUAAAAGUGUCCAAGUAAAUAUAUUUCUUCAUGUCUGAAACAAGAUUGAUUGCCGAGAGUAACUCGGGUGAUGGUGGAUCUAUUGUGUGUAACGAUUAUACACAGAAAAGGAGAAAACAGAAAUUAAUUCUCCUCUUUUGGACCAUUCUUUAUGUCAUUUAAUUAGUUGACAUAAACUCUAUUUGAUUAUAAGUGCUCUUCUCUUUCUUUCUUUUUUUCUUC